AUGGCCUCGUCGGCGUCGCUGGAGACCGUCAUGCCUUCGCCCUGCGUCCGCAGCGGAGCCGCUAACCCGUCCAAGACGCUGGCCUUCUCCAUCGAGCGGAUCAUGGCCAAGGGCUCGGAGCCCCCGCCGCCGCCGCCGCCCCACAAGCCCGCCGCCGCCGCCUUCGACGCCCGGCGCAGCGACUCGCCCCACAAGAAGCUGCUGGGCCUGUGCUCGCCCAUCCCCUGCGUGAUCCCCAUCCAGCCCCUGGCCGGCUACGAGGCGCCCGCCAAGACGCUGCUCAGCAGCUACUCGGAGCUCUGGAAGAGCAGCCUGCGCCACUGCUCGACGGCGGCGGCGGCGGCGGCCUUCUGCAAAGCCAACUGCGGCGUGUGCUGCAAGGGAGGCGAGCUGCCGCCGCCGCUGGCCCCGGCCGGCCCGGGCCGGGGGAUCAAGCCGCAGGCCAUGCCGCCCGCCGCCGCCGCCGCCGGCCUCUACUACUUCAACUACCUGGAGUCGGCCUCGUACCACCCGUCGGAGCUCCUGGGGCCCGGCGGCCAGCUCUUCCCCUCCGCCGUGCUCCACUCGCCCGGCCCGGCCGCCGCCGCCGCCGCCGCCGCCGCCGCCGCCCUCUCGGCGCACCAGAAGCUCUUCCUGCUGGAGAACGCCAAGCUGGCCGGCCUGGCACCCACGGACAAAUUCCCCAACGCGCAGUACCCGCACAAGGAGCGCCUCCCCGGGCAGCUCGACCAGGUCAUGAAGGAGAACACGGCGCUGGCCGCCGACAGGAACGGCCUCAAGGGGCAGCACGCCAAGCUGGGCGCCGCCAGCGCCGGAGGAGGAGGAGGAGGCGGUGGAGGCGCCUCGGCCGACGGGAAGCCCAAGAAUUUCACCUGCGAAGUGUGCGGCAAGGUCUUCAAUGCCCAUUACAACCUCACGCGCCACAUGCCGGUUCACACGGGCGCCAGGCCCUUCGUGUGCAAAGUUUGCGGGAAAGGCUUCCGCCAGGCCAGCACCCUCUGUAGACACAAAAUCAUCCACACGCAGGAAAAACCUCAUAAGUGUAACCAAUGCGGGAAAGCUUUCAACAGAAGUUCCACGUUAAACACUCACAUUAGGAUCCACGCGGGCUACAAACCUUUCGUGUGCGAAUUUUGCGGCAAAGGAUUUCAUCAAAAAGGGAAUUAUAAAAACCACAAGCUGACCCACAGCGGCGAGAAGCAGUACAAGUGCACCAUCUGCAACAAAGCCUUCCACCAGAUCUACAACCUGACCUUCCACAUGCACACGCACAACGACAAGAAGCCCUUCACCUGCGUCACCUGCGGCAAGGGCUUCUGCCGGAACUUUGACUUGAAGAAACACGUGCGGAAGCUCCACGACGCCCCCGCCGCCCCCGCCGCCCUCACGCCCGCCGCCAAGGAGCUCUCGCGGACCGGGCAGAGUUAG